CGAGUAAUUUCGGUUCGAACGAAGCACAAAGAUCGCGGGAGUCGAUGACGAUGGGAGGUUUCAACCGAGUUGCUUUUCAACCAACCACUUUCAAAUCAAAUAAAUCUUUAAACGUCGAUUAAACUACCGUGUCCGUUCAAACAUAUAAAACUACUACUAUUACCGUGACAAGUGCCAAAGUGAACAAGUGUUUCCCCCUAAUAUUUAUUUAUUUAUUUUUUUAUCAAAUCAAUUAAAUUUCUACAAUGUUAAAAUUAUUGAUAAUUGCCUUGCUCCUGUCCUGCGCCCAAUCCAUUAUUCCUCCCACAAUUCUGAAAACUAUUUAUUUAUUCUUUUUCGGAAUUCUAAAAGGACAAGAUGACUCGAUCCCCGAUGAAACGUACUUCUCCCAAGAAUACGAUUUCAUCGUAAUCGGUGCUGGUUCAGCUGGUUCCGUUUUGACGAAUCGGCUGACGGAAAAUCCGCAGUGGAACGUGUUGCUACUCGAAGAGGGCAAAGACGAGAUUUUCCUCACAGAUAUACCGUUGCUUGCUCCGGCUUUGCACGUCACGGACUACGUCCGUCUGCACAGAAGUGAACCGAGACCCCGAAAUGUGGAUGGGUCCGGUGGUUACUGUUUGUCGAUGAAGGAUGGUCGUUGCAAUUUGCCAGGAGGUAGAGCGGUCGGAGGGAGCUCUGUGGUGAAUUUCAUGAUAUAUUCGAGAGGAUCGCCGAACGAUUACGAUAAUUGGGCCGCGCAAGGCAACCCAGGCUGGAGUUAUCAAGACGUGCUCCCCUAUUUUAUCAAAUCGGAAAAUUGCAAAUUAUUGGAUCAAGAUAUAAGGUUUCAUGGCAACGGAGGUUAUUUGGACGUGAUAUCUUCUCCAUACGUCUCGCCUUUGAGAGAAUGUUUUCUUCGCGGUGGCGAGGAAUUAGGAUAUGACGUAAUCGAUUACAAUGCAGCCAAUGUAAUUGGUUUUUCGACAGCGCAGGUUCAUCUCAGGAACGGACAUAGAGUUAGCGCGAGCAAAGCGUUCUUGAGGCCCAUUCGUGACAGAAGGAAUUUCCAUUUGUCCAAAUUGUCCAGGGUGACGAAGAUCGUGAUCGAUCCAAAGAAAAAAGUGGCCGUGGGCGUCGAAUUCGUUAAAAAUGGCAGAAAACGAUUCGUCUCCGCUAGUAAGGAGAUAAUACUUUCAACAGGCACUUUAAAUUCACCACAAUUGUUAAUGCUGUCUGGAAUAGGACCCAAAGAUCACCUCGAAUCUUUGAAUAUCGAUUCGAUCGAGGAUCUGCAGGUCGGAUAUAACCUCCAAGAUCAUGUCAGCAUGUCCAUGUUGACUUUUCUCGUAAAUGAGAGCGUGACUAUCAUCGAGCCCCGGGUUGCCUCGAAUCUGGUCAAUAUUUUGGAUUAUUUUGUCGAAGGAACCGGCCCCUUAACAGUACCCGGAGGAGCGGAAUGUCUUGCGUUUAUCGAUACGAAAGAAGAUCGAUCUAUCCGGCUAAUGAAAAAAUUUCAAGUUAACAAUACGAAAUUUCGUGAUACGAAUCACUUGAAAAGAUUCAAUGACAAAAAAGCUUCUCUUCCUCCAAAUAUAACUACCAUCACAGUAAAUUCCGAUUAUUUGAAUCAACAUUCAAUCUCAAACGAAACGAAAGAAACAAAUGUUCCCGACAUUGAACUGGUUUUAGGUAUAAGCGCUCUAACCGGAGAUAUAUCGGGUAGUUACAGAGGGCUUCUGGGUUUGACAAACGAAUUUUACAAAGAAGUCUUCACUGCUUACGAAGGUUAUGAUGCCUUUUCCAUUGUUCCGGUGCUUUUGCAGCCGAAAAGUAGGGGAAGAGUUACCUUGAAAACUCCUGAUCCAUUUGACCGACCUAUUUUCGAGACAAAUUACUACGAUCAGGAAGACGAUCUCAAAACUAUGGUUCGAGGCAUUAGAAAGGCCAUAGAAGUAGCAUCGACCAAAGCGUUUAAACGUUUCAAUGCGACGUUAUUGCCAGUUGCGUUUCCAGGAUGCAAACAUGUCCCGUUCGGUACAGAUCCGUAUUGGACUUGUGUUGCUCGGCAAGUGACCACGACCCUAGGUCAUUUCGUAGGAACGUGUAAGAUGGGCCCAAGGAGGAACUCUGGUGUAGUGGAUCACAGGUUACGAGUGCACGGGAUCAAUGGUCUCAGAGUUGUGGAUGCCAGUAUAAUCCCUACCAUAGUAACAGGCCAUACGAAUGCGGUUGCUUAUAUGAUCGCUGAAAAGGCUGCGGAUAUGAUAAAAGAAGAUUGGAAAAUAUUGAAUUCUGAAUUCGACUAAACAUUUAGAAAAAAUUAGGAGAAUAAAAACAUCAAAUGUUAACAAUAAUAAUAUUACAUCGAUACGUGUAUAUUUUUAUAUAACUUAUCUUUCGUUGCUGUUCAUUCUAGUAUAACAUUAUUGUAAAAAUAAUUACACGACCGGUCAUUAUCAAUAUUUAUUAAUCCGCGUUUAAAAGAAGAGAAAGUCAUUAUUGUUCUGUGAUGUGAAUAAAUAUGAAUCGACUGAUAGUUAAUACACAGAGGAAAUGGACUUAUCUUUGGUAGCGAUAUGUUUUUUUCUAUCUAUAUAAAUAUAACGUAUUUACAAUAAAACAAAAAAUAUUCGAAUAAAUUAUAAUUGUACAAUUAAAACAUUAUUAUACGUAGAUAAAAUUGUAAACAACUGUAUUAUUUUUUUUUUUUCUAAGCACGAUGCUCAAAUCAUCAAAAAAAUCGCGAAAAAUAUAAAAGGAAGAAUUCGAAAUAUCUGUUGCCAAGAAAUUGUACUUUCAGCGCCUGAAAACAAAUAGAAUUUAUUUAUAAUUUGGUAUAUAGAAGUGUAAAAAUAUUCACUUUUUAAUAAAAUAAUUACCGUUGUCGCUA